AGUUGUGCAUACUCUAUUAAUAGUCCCCCCCUGUAUUUCAGCAGCUGUCCCUCUUCUACCCCCGGCCCAACUCCUCUCACGUUACCCUCCUCCACUCCUCAGAUCACAGCUCUACUAUGCUGUUCUGACUCUGAACCCACCCUCCCUCUCAGAGCUAUAAGGGUGUUUGCUCCUGGUGGACCCUGGCUUUCCCCUACCUUAGCUCUCUGACUGCACUGCUCCAGUGGCUGAGUGAAGAUUGGAAGGUUAACCAGGCCCAGAGAGGAGAACAGUUCAUCCUCUGCUCUUUGGCCGCCCCUUAAUUUUUGUCUCAUCAUUCCAUGCAAUUAUUCUCCGCGUGGUCCGGCUUAAAUCCAUGACUGCUGGGCUGUCACCAUGGCGUACAAAUCACGCUUUUCUUUCUGGGAGCAAAAGGUUAAAGUUGAGAACAAGCCAGAUUCUGAUAGUAGUCGACCUCAGGCAGUAACUAAAUCCGGACAAGAGACGGCAAAGGCUCCACAGACGACUACACCACCAGCUGAAGAGGCAAAUAGUAAAGUAGCCAUGGGGGGAUCAGACAAACCAGUGGCUGAGGAGAGUACUGUCCCUAAGAAGGUGGUGAAAGUGGUGAGGAGGGUUGUGAGGCGUGUGGUUCCCGCUGGAACGGAAGCGCAGAACCAGUCCACCGUUUCCACAUCUGCUGCAGACUCGGCUCCGACUAAAGUUGGAGCGGCUCCGGAGGACAAAGAUGAUAUAUCCAUGGGUCUGGCCAGUCUAAUGGGCAGAAGUAGACUCAAGGAACAUCGUCCUCGCACCCGCACUCAGGACCGAAAAGAAGAUGUAAAAGAAGAGGCGAAAGAGGAGGAGAACAAGGAGAAGGUGGAGGAGAACAAGGAGAACGUGGAGGAAAAGAAGGAGAAGCCUACCGUGGAAAAACCGCAGGAGGCCACGUCUGUACCGACUAAAACAGCGCCAAACCCUGCACCACCUAAGUCUAACCCCCUCACCCCUCCACCUGCGUUCCUCCCUCCGACCAAGUCAGACCCUUUGGCCCCACCUGCUGGUUUCAUCCCUGCACCCAAAAGAAACCCGUUGACUCCUCCCCCGGGUUUCAUCCCUGCACCCAAACAAAACCCGUUGACUCCUCCUCCGGGUUUCAUCCCUGCACCCAAACAAAAUCUGUUGCCAUCAAAACAGAAUCUGUUGGCGAGACCUCCAGGAUUCAUCCCUGUCUCAAAGACGGAUCCACUGGCUCCUCCUUCAGGGUUCAUACCAAAGGCUCAUCCCCUUUUUGUCAAGAAAGCAGAGGUAAAGGAGACUCCUUGCCCCCCGGUGAUGCCCAAUGGUAAACCUGUUGCACAAACCCCCGCCCAGGCUGCAGCCAAUGAACAGGUCCCGCGGCUGGUCCCCACUGAGGAUGACUACAAUCGUAUGAAGAAGAUCUUCGGUCUAGAUGACAAUAAUCGCGCCAGAGGCCACAAAUGCUCUCAGUCCAAGCUUGUUGAGGACCCAGUGGCCCUGCUUCAGGCAGCACACUCGGCUGCAACUAAGGGAAAGUCUGACGAGCAGUUAAAAGCAGAGACAGCCUGGUAUAACACAGAGAAAGUAUGGCUUGUCCACAAGGACGGGUUUUCCUUGGCAACUCUUCUGAAGACGGAGACAGGCAGUCUGCCAGAGGGGAAGGUUAAAAUCCGCCUGGAGAGUGAUGGAUCUUUGUUGGAUGUGGAUGAGGAUGAUGUAGAGAAGGCAAACCCCCCGUCGUUUGACCGAGCGGAAGACCUGGCCUCGCUGCAGUACUUGAACGAGGCGAGCGUGAUGCAUUCCCUGCGGCAGCGGUAUGGCAGCAACCUGGUGCACACCUACGCGGGGGUCAACAUGGUGGUUGUUAACCCUAUUAGUGCCCCCUCUAUGUAUUCUGAGAAGGUGAUGCAAAUGUUCAAGGGCUGCAAAAGAGAGGACACUGCACCUCACAUUUACAGCAUGGCACAGAAUGCAUACAGGAACCUUCUGACCACUCGUCAGGAUCAGUCCAUCGUCUUGCUCGGCAAAAGUGGAAGUGGCAAAACCACCAACUGCCAGCACAUCAUUCAGUAUCUGGUGACCAUUGCUGGAAGCACCAACAAGACCUUCUCCACCGAGAAAUGGCAGGCGGUCUAUUCCGUUUUGGAGGCUUUUGGAAAUGCUUCCACUAGUUUGAAUGGGAAUGCAAGUCGCUUCUCCCACAUUGUUUCCUUGGACUUCGACCAGGCAGGUCUGGUGACAUCAGCUUCAAUUCAGACGAUGCUGCUGGAGAAAAUGAGGGUGACAAGAAGACCGGAGGGAGAGUCUUCAUUUAAUGUCUUUUACUACCUGAUGGCUGGAGUAGACAGCUCUCUUAGAACUGAACUGCACCUUAACCACUUUGCUGAAAACAAUGCGUUUGGAAUUAUGCCACAAACUAAGCCGGAGGACAAGCAGCGGGCCUCUCAGCACUUUUCCAAGCUGCAAGCAGCCUUGAAGGUUCUGGGCAUCAGCGCCGACGAGCAGAGGGCUCUGUGGCUCAUCCUUGGGGCCAUCUAUCAUCUUGGAGCCGCAGGAGCUACCAAGGCUGGCAGGAAACAAUUUGCACGUCAUGAGUGGGCCCAGAAGGCAGCCUACCUGCUGGGUUGCUCCCUGGAGGAGCUUUCCUCCUCCAUCUUCAAGCAUCAGGCCAAGGGCACCCUGCCCAGAGCCAGCACCAUCCGCCAGGCUUCUGACGAAAAUGGCACAGCAGAUGCAGGAUCCAAAACUACGGCUCUGGAGUGUUUAGAAGGGAUGGGAUCUGGUCUCUACUCCGAACUCUUCACCAUCGUCAUUUCUCUAAUAAACCGGGCAUUGAAAUCCAGCCAGCACUCCCUGUGCUCUCUGCUCAUUGUGGACACACCAGGCUUUCAAAACCCCAGGCUGGUGAAGCGCGAGUGCGGCACAUCUUUUGAAGACCUCUGCCACAACUACACUCAGGAACGCCUGCAGACCCUCUUCUACCAGCGUACCUUUGUUCAGGAAUUGGACAGGUACAAAGAGGAAAACAUUGACAUUUCCUUCGAUGACACAGAGCCUGUGACUUCUCUUUCAGUAGGAGUGGUAGACCAGACCUCAAGCCAAGCACUGGUGCGCUCAGUCCGAACAGAUGAAGCACGAGGCCUGUUGUGGCUCAUGGAGGAGGAGGCCCUGCAACCUGGGGGGUCCGAGGAAACGCUGUUGGGUCGUCUCUUCAGCUAUUAUGGACCCGCUGAGGGCGAGAGUAAAGGCCACACGUUUCUCUUGAAGAGUGAUAAAGAGAAUCACUUUCUGCUGGGCCACAGUCAUGGCACUGACUGGGUGGAGUAUGAUGUCCGUGGAUGGCUGAACUACGCCAAACAGAAUCCUGCCUUUUCCAACGCUACAAACCUCUUGCAGGACUCCCAGAAGAAGAUCAUCAGCUCAUUGUUCAUGAACCGUACGGGUGGAGUGGCUGUGCUGUCUGGGUCCAUUGCUGGCCUCGAGGGGGUCUCCCAGCUGUCUUUGAGAAGGGCUUCUAGCAUGAGGAAGACCUUCUCCACAGGGGUAGCCGCUCUCAAGAAGAAGUCCUUAUGCAUCCAGAUAAAACUACAAGUGGAUGCUCUCCUUGACAUGGUGCGGAGGUCUAGGAUUCACUUUGUUCACUGCAUAUUGCCCAAGGCAGAUGUUCUGAAGGCUCUCAGUGGAUCCCUGUUCAAAGGAGGGGAAUGUGAGUCUCAGCGGGAGACUGGAGAUCCCGGCUUAAUGCAGAUCGAUGUAGCCUUGCUCCGAUCUCAAAUACGAGGAUCCAAACUGCUGGAUGCUGUACGGAUCUACAGGCAAGGUUACCCUGAUCAUAUGGUGUUCUCUGAAUUUCGACGGCGCUUUGAUGUGCUGGCUCCGCACCUCACCAAGAAGCAUGGGAGGAAUUACAUAGUGAAGGAUGAGAGGAGAGCUGUGGAGGAGCUCCUGGAGUCCUUGGACUUGGAGAAGAGCAGCUACCAUAUGGGUCUGAGCAGGUUGUUCUUCAGAGCUGGCACUUUGGCUAAGCUGGAGGAACAGAGGGAUGAGCAGACCAAGCGGAAUCUGACCCUGUUCCAAGCUGCAAGUAGAGGUUACCUUGCACGGCAAGCCUUCAAGAAAAGAAAGAUUCAGGAUCUGGCAAUAAGGUGCAUCCAGAAAAACAUCAACAAGAAUCGUGGUGUGAAGGACUGGCCGUGGUGGAAGCUUUUCACAACAGUCCAGCCCCUCAUUAAGGUCCAGCUCACAGAAGAGCAGAUGCGGAGCAAAGACGAGGAGAUACAGAUGCAGAAAUUGAAGUUCGAGAAAGUGGAGAAAGAGAGAAAUGAGCUGAGACUGAACACGGAUCGAUUGGAGAGCAAGAUCGCAGACCUGCUGGCGGAGCUCACUGAUGAGAGGAGCACCAGUGAGUCAGCUUCUCAGUUGCUGGAGACUGAAACUUCGGAGAGACUCCGUCUGGAGAGGGACUUGAAGGACCUUCAGGUUAAGUUUGACGGAAUGAAGAAACAGUCUGACGCACAGGAAAUGGAGCUGAUGGAAGCACGGCUCUUGAAAACAUCAGACCUCAAUGGAGAGAUGGAUGCUGACGACGAUUCUGGAGGUGAGUGGCGCAUAAAAUACAAUCGAGCCGUGCGAGAAAUGGACUUCACCAAAAAGAAACUCCAGCAGGAGUUUGAUGAUAAGCUGGAGAUAGAGCAGCAGAGCAAAAGACAAAUCGAGAGAAAGCUGGCUGAUUUGCAGGCAGAUAAUGAAGAUGUGCAGCGCUCCAUGCAGCAGAUGAAAAAGAAAUGCCAGAAACUGUCUGCCGAGCUGCAGGACACCAAGCUUCAUCUGGAGGGCCUACAGAGCCGCAACCACGAUCUUGAGAAGAAACAGAGAAAGUUUGACCUGGAGCAGAACCAGUCUCAGGAUGAGGUACAGAGAGAACGGGGCCAACGGGAGAAACUGGCUCGAGAGAAGGACAUAAUGACUGCUGAGAUAUUUAACCUCCGCCAGCAGCUGCAGGACAAGGACACGGAGCUGUGUGGUGUGAAUGUGAAGGUGCAGCAGCUGGAGGCAGAGCUACAGGACCUCUCCUCACAGGAGUCCAAGGAUGAGGCCUCUCUGUCCAAGGUGAAGAAGCAGCUUCGCGACCUCGAGGCCAAGGCGAAGGACCAGGAGGAGGAGCUGGACGAACAGGCAGGGAACAUCCAAGUCCUGGAGCAGACUAAGCUACGUCUUGAGAUGGAGAUGGAGAAGCAGCGGCAGACCCACUCAAAAGAGAUUGAGAGCAAGGAUGAAGAGGUGGAUGAAAUUAGGCGGUCCUGCAGUAAGAAGCUGAAACAGAUGGAGGUACAGCUGGAGGAGGAAUAUGAAGACAAGCAGAAAGUCUUGCGUGAGAAAAGGGAUAUGGAUUCCAAACUGCUCAUUGCCCAGGACCAGGUGAGCCAGAGGGAUGUGGAGACAGAGAAGAGGUUGAAAAAGGAUCUGAAGAGAACCAAAGUCCUCCUGGCUGAUGCCCAGAUUAUGCUGGACCACCUGAAGAGUAAUGCUCCCAGUAAGAGGGAGAUCGCCCAACUGAAAAAUCAACUGGAGGAGUCGGAGUUCACUUGUGCAGCAGCAGUGAAGUCUCGAAAGAGCAUGGAGAUUGAAAUAGAGGACUUGCAUGUCCAAAUGGAUGAUGUGGUCAAAACUAAGAUUUCGUUGGAAGAGCAGAUCAGCCGUCAGCAGAGAGAGAAGAAUGAUCUGCAGUCUCGUAUGGAGGAGGAUCAAGAAGACAUGAAUGAGCUGAUGAAAAAACACAAGGCUGCAGUUUCACAGUCUGCCAGGGACUUGAGCCAGAUCAGUGACCUGCAGGCUCAGCUGGAAGAAGCCACGAAGGAGAAGCAGGAGAUUCAAGAAAAGCUCCACUCACUUCAGAGCCAGUUGGAGUUCCAGGAGCAGUCCAUGGUGGAGAAGUCACUCGUGAGCCGCCAGGAGGCCAAGAUUCGAGAGCUGGAGACCAAGCUGGAGUUUGAGCGGACACAGAUCAAGCGCCUAGAGAGUCUGGUGAGUCGUCUGAAGGAGAACCUGGAAAAGAUGACAGAGGAGAGAAACCAACGCAUCGCCGCAGAAAGCCGGGAGAAGGACCAGAGUAAGCGCGUGCAGAGGCAGAUAAGGGACAUGAAAGAAGAAAUGGCCGAGCUGUCCAAGAAGGAGGCAGAGGCUAGUCGCAAAAAGCACGAGCUGGAAAUGGACAUUGAGAGCUUAGAGGCAGCGAAUCAGAGCCUGCAAGUGGAUCUAAAGCUGGCCUUCAAGAGGAUAGGAGACCUGCAGGCUGCCAUCGAGGACGAGAUGGAGAGUGACGACAAUGAGGACUUAAUCAACAGUUUGCAAGACAUGGUGACAAAAUAUCAGAAACGAAAGAACAAAACUGGGGACGACACUGAAACGGACUCCGAAGUGGAAGACCGUGUGGAUGGAGUUAAAUCUUGGCUAUCGAAGAACAAAGGCUCCAACAAGACCCUGUCGGAUGAGGGAAGUCUGAAAAGCACCAGCCCUCCGUUGUACCGAAGACACCCGGGUAUUCAGAGAUCUGAUGAAGAGGAUGAGGUCGACGGAGAGUCCAGCAGCCAUUCUCCGAGGGAGAGCAACAGUGGGGGCUUAUUGACUGAGAAUGCAUCAUAACCCGCAGUCCGGCAAGCUUGUUCUUUCAGUGACACUAACCACACAGGAGGGGAACAUUUACUGUAUCACCUCUCUCCAUCCAGCAAGGACAGGAGAGAGCCACACAGAGAACACUGGACAUCUCAUCCUGCUUAUUAUGCUGCACCCUUUCAUCAGCGCGAGGUGACUUUCUCCCUCCCAUAACCACUUCAGUUUUAGUUGGCACGUGAUAUUCAGUCAGUCAUACAUAACAGCAAAAAUUAAGCACUUUCAGGAGAACUUUCAGCUUCUGCUUUAUUUAUAAUCGCUUCUUUUCAGGCAAAUUUAAGCACUCCUCUGCUCUUUGCUCUGACUAUACACAUGGCUCUGCCAAGAGGAUUUAGAUAAGCCUGCUCUGGCUGGACUUCUGCAAGUAGGUCUGACCAACUAUUAAGUUAUUCUUAUCUCCACCCGAUUCAUGUGGACCAGCACGAUGGGAGGGAUUAACCCAUUUUCAAUUAAUUAAAUUGCUGUAAGUUUACUUGUGGCUCUUGUUCCAAGUUCAUAUAUAUAUAUAUAUAUAUAUAUAUAUAUAUAUAUAUAUAUAUAUAUAUAUAAAAAAUUUGAACAAAGUGGUGCUGACAUGAAAUUAGAAUCAUUAUAGAAAUCAAUUUAGCUUUAAGCAAAACUUCCAGGUAUUUAAAUGCAGCCCUUAUAGAGUUAAAAAUGUUGGGAAAUGGAUUUAAACUUUGAUCUCAAAAUGUAUAUGUAUUAGCUAUAGCUGUUUCUGGACUCAAGUGAUUUACAUGCUCCUCAAAUGAAGUAAGGCUUCCUUAAACUACUGGGAGAAUUCUGUUAAGAUAAAGCUAAAGCUCAUGACAUAUUUCUGUUUUAUCCCUAUCAUUAAGUGGAGUGCAUGCCAGAAAGUUUUUGGUUUGGCUCCUAUGGGAUGGUUCUUGAAGUUCAAAGGGAAUUGAUUUAUUUGCUGUUAUAUAGGAGCUUUUCACAUAGCUUGUUAGACCUUGCAGAUGCUGAGAUACAGGAAUUUGUGUUUUUGGAGAUGCGUAAAGAGAACACUUCGGCUCCUUUUUAAUGUUGUUUUUCUGCAGAAUAGCCCAAAAAGCCCUGGCAUAUGCAGUAUUUUUAAUGCUAUUGGUAUCAUAACUAAAUUACUCCUAUGCUUUUCAGUGCAUUAUGGUAUAACUAUUUUAAGGUGCCAAAUAUGACUGUCUUGGAAAUCAAGCCACAUUAUGUAUCACUACCAUAUGUAGGUCAUGUGUCCAUUAAAGUGAUGAAUGUUUGCAUGUGAUUUAAGUCUGGAUCGAGACUUUCAGAGCAGCCCUGCAAAUCACAUUCUGCUACUCAACAGUCGCCCACUACAUUUACAUUACUGACGGAGGAAGUGAAUAUAUUGAUCAUAUUGUUUCUAUGCAAUAUUCUGCCAAGAAGCCUGGCAUCCUGGGACUUGUGGCUUUCAUGUGAAUGCUUCAGUAGCAUCUACAAAUUGGCCUUGGUUCCCUAAGGUCAGUAACCUCUCUCUGCAUGACGGCGUGCCUCUGCUUUCUACAAAAUCUACUCAGGAGCGGGUAGAACUAAGAAUGUUGAACCGGCCUGCAAGCUCCCCAGCUCCCGAUCCAAUUGAGCAUCCCUAUAGAAGUCAGAUCUACAGGGACUUUCCACUGCAGACCACAGAACCCAAAGGAUCGCCUGCCAAUGUCCCAAUGCCAGAGAGCACAAAACACCCCCGAGAGAUCCCCCCAACAAACCCCGCCGCCGUGACGGAUCAGAACUCUUGUGCACAGCUUUUAAUGUACCCGGUCCUCGCUGAAGAUUUAUGUAGAAAUAUCUGAAUUUCUUCUUACUCCCCUGACAUAUUAUUCAGAAAGCAUUUUUAAAAGAUUCCGUUUAUCAAAGAAGAGCUUGUCACAGUAUAAAUGCAUUUGCACCAUGGCGGUUACGUCUUUAACAAGUAUAUUCCUGUCGGGCCUGUUUUCUUUUUCUUUUUUCCACAAUAUUUUGCUGACCUCUUGAAAUUCUGCCAAAACAUCGUUUCCGACAAUCUGAUUGCAUCAUCCACUGUUGUAACAACAGAUCACUUGAAAGCAGUUUGCUGUCAAGAGAAGUAUAAAACCACACACACGGAGCAUCUGUUGGAUGAGAUGAUUGUAACGUACUCACCAAAACACAUUUCUAAAGGUAUAUUCUUACCUUUCUGUGUGCAAAGAAAUGUCUGCUUUGUACUACUUGCACAUCAGAAAACACUCAUUUACACUUUAUAUCCUAUUUUCACUUAAUUCUCACUAUUUCCAUCUGUAACGAAUAUUAAUGUGUAAAAUGGCGAAUGUUGAUGUCACUGAUCCAAAGUAGACUUGUUAAAUGGAAAACACAUGUUGUAAGUUUCAUUGCCUCCAAGUUGGAGUUACAGUCAUCUACAUAAUGUUUGUACUCAUCUCUCUCUGUCUUUCGCUUUUUUUUUCUUUUUUUUUUAAGCCUUGUGUGUUUUAAUUACUGAGCUGAUUGCCACUUGUCAUAAGAGUGAUUUUUGGAGCUUUUCUUUGGGGAAAUAAAUUUAGCUGUUUGUUUUACAGUC